GAGAAAUCCACUGCUUUCUACUUCCCUUUGGCAUCUUAGUUCCCUUAUACUAAAAAACAUUUUGCCUCGAUGAACAUUUCUCAAAACAUUCUCAGCCCAGGAGGUUCAGAAGCCCCUACCAGGCCAGCUCUCUCCCUGCAGCGGCUCCCUGCACCAGAAGAUGAAGGCUUCCAUGGCAACCGUCUCCUGCCUCCUCCUCCUCCUCCUCCUCCUUCCCAUCGCCCUGCGGUCUGAGGCUGAAUUCUCUCCACGAUCACCUUACCACCCCGCCGAGUGCUGCUUCACCUACGUGACCCGUGCAAUCCCACGUUGGCGGAUUUUAGGCUAUUAUGAGUCCAGCAGCCAGUGCGUCAACCCUGGAAUUGUCUUCAUCACCAAAAAGGGCCAUGUCAUCUGUGCCAACCCCAGAGAUGACUGGGUCCAGGACUACAUCCAGGAGCUGGAGAAGAUCUGAGUGACCCAGAUGUAAUGGAGAAGGACCCUGCUCAGAACCUUAAAGAGAAGGGACUGAACACCCACCCCUACUCCCAACUCAGCCCCAGCUACCUCCCAGGAGCUGCCCUACCUUGAAUUAAAGACCAUUCAUGCCCUUC